AUGCUCGCCCACUUCCUCGCUCUCGCCGCUGCCCCGCUUCUCGCGGCCGCGCAGAUCACCAUCACCCAGCCCUCGGCAGCCCUCUGGUGGGUUGACAACUCGGUCAACACUCUCGCCUGGACCCAGGGCACUGGCACCAACCCCUCCGAGUUCACCGUCAUGCUCGCCAACAACGACACCAGCCUCCUCGCGGACCGUGUUGCCAUCUUUGCCAUUGCCUACGCGUACCAGUACUCGCUCACCGUCCCUGCUACCCAGUGGCAGGCCGGCACCGGCUACACCAUUCAGAUCACCGACACUCUCAACACCUCGCACAUCUACUCGACCUCGGACACCUUCGAGCUCAAGGCCUACGGCUCGGCUUACCCCACCAACGUGGCUACGUCGGCUUCGGUCACUGGCUCGGCCAGCGGCUCGGGAUCGGCUGCGGGCUCUGCCACCGGGUCGUCGGCUGCUGCUGCUUCGUCGACCGCCGCCAAGUCGGGCGCCGGCAACAAGGCUGCCAGCGUCGUCGCCGUCGCUGCCGCCGGUGCCCUCGCCUACGUCAUGGCCUAA